ACACAUAUAAGUCGAUUAGCCAAGAACCACCUCUCUCUCUCUCUCUCUCUCUUUCUCUCUCUAAAGUCUGGCUGAAUGUUUUGAGAAACAAACACAAGACUAAUUAGACACCAUGAUUCCAGCAUGUUUCAGCCAACCCAACACAGUCUCAAGCAACAACACCUCUAAUCAUCAAGUCCCUCAAAACCUCAUAACUUGCAUAUACCAAACUCAUCUCUGCAACUCACCAACAUAUCUCACACUCACUUGGUCCAAAACCCCCUCCUCUCACUCCCUCACCAUUUACGCCACUGACUCUUUCUCCAUCACCAUCUCUCUCAGCCCAUCAACUUUCUCAUUCUUCAAAUCUCGCCCAGGUUCCAAGUCCAUCUACUUAACCCACCACCACUACCAAAGAAUCAAGCUUUAUUGGGACUUCACUCGGGCUGAGUUCACUCGCAACUCGGCCGAGCCCGACUCGGGAUUCUAUGUUGCCAUCUCUUGCAAUGCCAAGCUUGAGUUUUUUCUGGGUGAUCUUCAUGACGAGUUGACUCGGCGAUCCGGGUUGGCCUUGACUCGCCAACUCAGUGAGCCAACUCUGUUGUCUAGGAGGGAGCACGUGUUUGGACGCAGGAAUUAUGUAUCCCGGGCUCAAUUCUUGGGGACCAAACAUGAGAUUGGAAUUGAGUGCAGUGGGGGAGUGCUCAAAGUUAAAGUGGAUGGUGAAAUUAGGCUUGUUGUAAAAAGGUUGGCAUGGAAAUUUAGAGGGAAUGAAAAAAUUUACGUUGGUGGCAUUGAAGUGGAAUUUUUUUGGGACGUGUUUAAUUGGGUCAAUAAUAUUAGUACUAGUAAUAGUAAUAACAACAAUAGUGGUACUAAUGGUAUUGGGCAUGGUGUGUUUGUGUUUCAAGUUGGUGAUGGUGGGGUGUGGCCAGAAAUGGUAGGUCCAGAGAAGAGAUUAAUGAGGAAGAGCUUAUCGGUUUCAUCGGGGUCUGGUUCAACACCGUCGGCGACAUGGUUGUCGCCGUCGCUGUCAUGUUCAAGUGUGUUGCAAUGGGCAGAGGAGAGCAGUGAUGGAGGGAGAAGUUCAUGUUCUUCAUCCACUAGGUCAAGUGGGAGUAAUGGGGGAUUUUCUUUGUUGAUGUAUGCUUGGAGGAAGGAUUAAAUUUUGAAUUUUGGCUGAAAAACAAAAGCAGGUGAUUCAAUUACCUUAUAUGAGACCAAAGAAACUAGGUUCCAAUUUGGAGAUCAUUCUCUAAUUAUAGUUUUUCAUUAUUGCUCAAUUGAUUUAUUUUGUGUAAAUUCAACCUUUUUGUUUGAU